AUAAGAGACAGUUGCCUUUAAAUAAAUUUAAAUUAUCUGUUUUUUUUUUGUUGAGUUUAAUAUCAAAAAUGUUCAAAUUAAGAACAUUAUUAAUUGCAAUUCUUAUUAGUAUCAUCUGCAUCAAUGCAUCUACAGUCCGACGUAGUUUAUUGGAAAAUCUGAAUAGUGGAUUAAAACUUCUUGGUAAAAAUGAUCGACGACCUCUAGACAAUCGUUAUUAUUAUCUCAAACGUUUCCAACAAUCAGGUGUAUCAAGCAAUAUCGCUGAUUUAGUGUCACAAUCAUUUGCUCCUGGAAAGAAAGCGAAUCAAAACUCGAAUCGACAAGAUUCAAUUGUUUUAGGAGAUGAUAUGACGGCAACAUCGUCAUCAUCAUUGUCAGAAAACUCAAUCAUGAGUGGAUUACUGAAAUUACUUGGAUUUGACGGUGGAAAAAUUGGCGCAGCAGCAAUUAAUGGGAUGGUUUUCUUAGCUCAAAUGUUAGGAAAUUUAUUAAUUUCACCGGAGCCAAAAGACGAAGAAAACAAAAACAACGAUGAACAAGAAGAAAGAUCAAGUAAAGAUGAUAUUCUUUCAGGCGACAUAUUCAACUGGAUGCUUCAAAAUGAAAAAGUAUCAGACUUGCUAGUGGACGCAAGAGAUAAGGACCUUUCUGAGAAAUUAAUGUCAAAUAUUAAAGAGAGGAAUAAAAACAAUUCGGCUGAUUGUGUUUUGAUGUUGUUUUGUAAGAUGAAGCCAUUUAUAUGGGGAAUGCAGAAAGCUUUGAAUGACAAGUUAAGCGGUAAGGAACAUGCUGGAAAUCAAAAGACAACAGAAAGACCAGAUAAAAUUGCAAUAUUCUUUGAAUAUUUACCAACAUUUGACGAGUUCAAAACAAAUUCCGUGACUUGCGAAGAUGAUUAUAAAGGCUGUAAAUUAUUUUAAAUUUAAAUUAACAUUAAUGUACAAUUGACAAUCAUUUUUGUUUUUACGAGUAAAUGAAGUGCUUUAUGACAUCAUAAAAAUGUGUAAAUUACAUACUAAAAUAAUUUCAAAUAAAUGAUUUCAA